ACAGGUUAUAAUUUGAUAAAUUUGUGUUUCUUUUAGAUAAUGUUAUGAUCUUUUUUACUUACACGUGAAAAAAUUACUCUUUAAACAAACAUUUUAAAAUGGUAAAAUCACAACAAAAAGGAAAGCAGGGUACCAAGGGGGUGAAACAGAUAGUAGAAGAAAAUGUAUCAACGUUAAGUUACUACCGAAAUAUGGCCAUAAUUUCGAACUCUAUAUCGUUAAUAAUUCUAGUCUUUUAUAAUUCUCCUAUUAGUAUAGUCCUAUAUUUAUUUGCCUGUGCUGUAUAUAUUGGAUCUUAUCAAUUUAUGGUUUACAUGUCCAAGCCAAAGUACACAGAAUCUGGGCAACUUCUAGAUAGUGGUGUAGAUCUUAACAUGGAAGGUGGCAUUGGAGAGCACGUCAAAGAUAUAAUCAUUUUAACAGCAGGAUGCCAAUUGUUGUCUUCAGUAGUUUCCAAUUAUUUCUGGUUGUUGUGGUUGUUGGCACCUGCUCGAGGCUUUUGGCUACUUUGGAAAAACAUAUUGGCACCAUACUUCUUUCAACAAGCUCCUACAGAUUCAGAAGUUGAAUCCAAGAAGCAGAAAAAAAUAGAAAGGAGGAUGAGGAGGCAACAGGUACAUUAGAAAAAACAUUGACAGAUUUGUUCUUAAUUUGUAAAAACUUUUUUAUAUUAUGAAUGGAAGGGAAUAAAAUAAAAAUGUUGUUUUAUUGA